GAACGCGCGCGUGCAUUGUGUGUAAUAAUUAUUAUAAUCACUGAUUAACUAUGUCAACCAAGGAGUGGGAAAAGUUAAUAGACAAGGAAAUGUUAAUUAGUUUGGUGGAAGAUAGGCCAGUCCUUUGGGAUAAGACGCUGGAUAAAUACAAAGACAAUACUGCAAGUAUUGCAGGUUGGCGCGAAAUAAUGUUAUUUUUGAAAAAAGUAGUUGCUGCUGGUGAAACGCACGAAAGCGUCUCUGCUAAACAAACUGUAGAACACACCGAAGAUGACACCACAAGAUCGAAUGAACCUACAAAGGAAGAUGACAGUGUGACUACAAUGACACAACUUGACAAUGACAGUCAAAAAGACAAACAAAAUCUAACCCCCCCGCCAAAACGCAGAGAACCAGCCAAAAGAAAAUUUAAUGAAAUGGAUGCCAAAAUGAUGUCCUACAUUGACUAUCAGAUAAAACCAAAGAAAAUUGAGCAGGAAGAUCGCAAUCUAUCGUUUUUCAGAGGUAUUUUGCCGUCUUUGGCGUUGCUUGAUGAUGACCAAACUUUGGAAUUCCAGUCAGGGGUGUUAAACCUAUUAAAAAAUAUUAAACAUAGGAGAGUUGGCCAGUCUACUUAUGACUGGUCAGCCUAUACACAAACAUCUGGUGCUAGUCACUAUCAAUCCCAGGGCUAUUUUAGUACACCACAGCCUACUGAUAGUGCACUAUCGCCAGUACAAUCUGUACACAGUGAUGCUACGUUAUUAGAUCUGUCCGAGUUUUAAAAAUAAAAGUACGUACCUUAAAAAUAUCGCUAGUUUUUCUUCUGGGCAGAUACUUUUCCUCCAACGAGUAUCUUGCAUUUUUAAAUCCUUUUCCAAUAGUUUAAGAAGUUCAUCAAAAGUGGACAUUGACAUACGAAAGUAAUUGAAAAAUUUCGAUUCAUCACCUCGUAAUUGACUCAUAAGUAAACUGUAAGCACCCUCUCUAGAUCUUUGGGCCAUAAGUGGAUGCUGCCAAUAACGUCGAAUCUUCCUUCUCCGACGAUAGUACCAAUACAACACGACAGCGUCCAUCCUUGUAGAAUAACGGCGGUAUACUGCGAGAGUUUUCUGUUCACACAUCGGAUCCAGUAAUGACGGAUCCGUUGAACGUUAUACGGUGCAUAUGUGUGAACAGAGCAUAAAUUUAUGACGUAUCCGUUAAAAACGUACAAGUAAAACGGACUCCCAUGUGUGAA